CUCCUGUUUGGAUUUGUCUGGUGCAAUCUCUCCUCAUACCUUCUUUUCUUUCGCCGGGAUGUCUUUCGCUGGGAAAUAUGAGCUUGAGAGUCAAGAAAACUACGAAGACUUCCUCAAAGCAAUUGGCCUUCUUAGUGCUAAGACUGACAGCAAAGUACAGACGGAAGUGCUUCAGGAUGGGGAUGACUUCACAUGGACACAAAAGGUCUCCGACUUGACUUGGUUUAAUAAAUUCACCGCUGGGCAGGAAUGUGAGCUGGUGACCAUGAAUGGCUCCAAAUUUAGGGCACCAGUCAGCAUGGAAGGUGGGAAGAUUUCAGUGCAAUUUCCACAAUACCUCUUCACAGCUGAGAUGGUGAAUGAUAAAUUGGUGAUGAAAUGCAUCACUCCUGGAGAGAAGGGUGUGACUUUUACAAGAGUUAGCAAGAGGAUCUAAGGCUGCGAGACCCAACAUGCUUGAUAGGAACAGAAGCUGAACACACACAAGAUUAUACUGUAACUCCUUUAUCGACAGAAACCAGACAAAUGCAGUAAAUGUAAAACGAAAUAAAUUGUCUGGUGACUUGAAGUGUGGUUUUACAUUACAGAGUAACUGACAGUAGCAUCACCUGGUUUCAUCUGCCACCAUUUAUUGUAUUCAA